AUGGCCGCCAUCUUCGACUCUUGUGAAUGUUUUGGUCGUAGUUUCGGUCUUUGAGGUCUAUUUCAUUUGUGCUAUGCAGUUAUUUGAUGGAAAUUGUUUCGCUACAUCCUAAGUGUUAUUAAUACGUUUGCGCACAGUCACAUGAAAUAAAGUUUGGAGGCCCAGGUGCACUCCAAGGCGUCAUCUCGGGCUUGACCCAAGAUGAUAAUAUACACAGCAUGUCAACUACAUCAGAAUGUGAACCAGCGGCCCGGCAAGAUUACAGGCCGGCCACCUCCAGUGAAAACAUCUUUGAACAUGUAUUGGAUCACAAACUAACAGAUACUAAUAUGAGCCUACCAAGUGUUAGAACUCCUGUUUUGAGGGCUUUGCCCAUUUCCCCUGUAGAGGGUGAUCCAGAACCAGAUUCCACAAACCAUGAAAGCAUCAUUCAAUCUGCACACAACAAAUCAGAUAAAGAAGUAGAGUAUCACAUUGCUGAUAAAGGAUGUGAUACAGAUUUGCCUGUUGAAUCCAUUUCUGGUAUUGUCAGAAUUGAAGAGGGUGCUGUUGAUAAUGUGGGGCAUAUUUCUUACCCUAUUAUUCAAGAAGGUGAAGAUUCGACUGAUGGAAACUAUGUUGAAAACUCUGCCACUAUCAUUCAAGCUCCACUAAACACCGCGAUAGUACAAAACGUCGCGAAACUGCCGCAGAAUUUCACCAUUAAUGUUGAUACUGCUACUGUUGGCAACAUUACCACUUUGCAAAAUUUAUCCCAAGAUGUAUCUGGCAACCAAACAUUAUGGUUGCCUACAAUUCUUGCAACCAGUGCUCCAACUACAGAUAAUAAAAGUGAGGAAGAGAGACAACAACCAGGACUCUCCCAGAUCAUAAUAACCAGCGAAAGUUACGUCAGUGACACUAAUCAAAUUGGAAGGAGAGCUAACAUUGUCACAGAGACUAAUUAUGUCAAUCGACCUAAAGCAUCAAAAGUGCAGAUUUUAAGCAAUAUACCGAUUCCUAAGAAUCCCAACUAUUCACAAAUGCCAUCACCUGUAUAUGGAGCUCAAAAUCAUGUAUAUGUAAGUAAGUUAAGUACGAAUGUUGUCUCUCAAAAGCAACUAAACAAUUCAGUACUUUGUACAAAGCCACCAAAAAGUCAAUCUCUUAUUGGCUGCUCCAACAUAUCUCCUACAGUAGUGAACAACAGUCCAAUCAAGAAUGUGUCUUAUAGUCAUUCAUUUACUAAAUCUACAAAUCUGAAUAAGACACUGAAUAAAGUUAACAAUGGUGCUAACCUGAAUGCAAUGGUCGCCGCCUCCUCUGGCAAUACUCAAUGUUAUACUUUGUCUCGAGUUGUAUCAGGACCCAAUAAGAUGUCAGUACAUUCUGGAAGAAAAUCUGUCAAUGCAUUUAAGGGUUCAAAAAACUCAAGUCAAGUGUCUGGUCAAAAGAACCAAUCAAGAGCCAUUAAGAUAAUACAACAGACCGGUUUAGUGCACAAAUCAGAAGCCAAGACUUGGCCUGUAGCCAGUGUGGCUACAUACAAGAGCCAACAGCCGAUUUACGGUGUUGUGGAUUCAAAUACUUCCAAGAUUAUUCAGAAAGUGGGAAGUCCUCCGCAUAAGACUCAAGCUCCUAUGCCUUUGUCGAAAUUCCCUUCAAAAGGGGAGCGUUUGGUACUUCAAUCGCCAUGUGGGCCAGUAUUGAUAUCUACAGCGCCAAUCAGUACAAGUCUGCCUAAAGGCCCGCAUUACGUCCAGUCAGGAUCGACACCAAACUUACGCUACGUGCAAACGUACGGAUCAACGACGGAGCAGAUCAAUUCGGUAGCGCAAGUGUCAGCUAAUCAGCAGUUGACUGCCCAGAUACUUCAGUCGUUGUCACAGCCUAAGCUGAUGUUUCAACCGAGUCCCAAUGCAAUUAAUCAUAGUUUAGCUCCACCGCCUCCAGUUGUUGAAGAGAUAGAUGUAAAACCAGUAAAUCAAAAACGCAUAGUCUUUGGUGACAAAUCUACACUUCUUACAGCAGAUGAUAUAAUUGGUAUGGAAGAGAGACCCAAUCUUAGUGAGGAAUUCAGAAGAUAUUCCUUUCAGCCUUUGGCUUUUGUCAUGCUUGACCAUACAUAUGCAUUACCAGCUCAGAAACAGCCUUCACCUACACCUCCAACCACGUCAGCUGCAAGUGUACCUCCAGCUAUUAUGUCACCAACGCAAAUCACUUCGCCAAUGAGUCCAGUAAAGAGAACCUCCCCUGUAAUAAUGUCUACUGCUAAUUUCGAAUUACCGAUGACUGUUCCAACUAGUGCGGCCGGAGCUCCUAUUCCAGUUACUUCUAUUCCCAUGGGAGCACUCACGUAUAAACCGCAGCCACCGGCGCCGCCACCGCCACCGCCACCGCCGCAGGAUGACGACGCCGCAUCUGUCAUAUCAUCCAUAGACGGAGAUAGAAGACAAGCAGAUAGAGGUGGCAGCGACACAGAAACCGCUCCUGAGGGAGAAGAUGAAGGAAAAACCAGGUGUAUCUGCGAUUUCACUCAUGACGACGGGUAUAUGAUUUGCUGCGAUCGGUGUGGGGAAUGGCAGCACGUUGAUUGUAUGGGUAUUGACAGGCAGAAUAUACCGGAUUCCUACAUGUGUGAGUUGUGCCAGCCGAGGCUGAUCGAUCGUCGCCAUGCUCGUGCCAUUCAAAUGAGAAAAAGAGAAGAAUUGAGUGCUCUUGGCGCAUCUGAUUCUGAGUCAUCAGAAACGGGACGUUUGCCAGGACAAAGACGAAAACGUCUCCUUACAGUUACAACUUACACAAAUACCAGCGGAUCAUGCGUCACUACUUACAAUUCGAGUAUCCCAGUUCUGCCGCCUUUACCGCAACCAUCGCUCACUUUGCCGAAACGUGGCCCCAAGCGGCCGAAGAAAACUGAAGUUAUCAGAAAAGGAACUAAACGAAAGCUUGCGGAAAAAAGAGUAAAGAGGAAGAAGGAAAUGAUGAUGAACAGAAGCAAGUAUAACUCAAAUAUUUCUAACCAAUCUCAUUGGCAAGACUCUUACGAGCUUGCUAUGACUAAUCACUAUAGCCCAGAGUUAAGAGCUAAAAUAAUGAAAUAUAGCAGCAAAUUGGGUAAUAAUCCUAACAUGGCGUCAGCGAUCAAUGCACACUUAUGCACUACAGUUCCCCAUGCUGGAGGAAAAAUUCUAAUUGCCACAAAGGAUUUGAAAGAAAACACUCCCGUUAUUGAACUUCGAGGCAAAUACAUGCUUUCAAAUCAACACAGGCCACAAUUACAGAGCUCCGCUAGAGCUGGCAGUCAAAAGCCAGGUCCCUUCGUAUUCUUCUACAGAUUACCAAAAGAUAAUACCCAAAUAUGCAUCGAUACACGAACAUAUGGCAAUGAAGCCAGAUUUGUUCGCCGAUCAUGUAAACCUAACGCGGAGCUCCAACACUGCAUUGUCAAAGGUGCUCUUCACGUUUUUCUGGUAACUAUCGGAGUUAUUCAGUCGAAUACAGAGAUAACUGUUGGACAUGACAAUAACGGUGCGAAGCAGCCAUGUGCUUGCGGCAAUCCUAAACAUUGUAAAGUAAACGGACUUACUUCUUUGCCUACUCGAAAGGGUAUGGAUUAUCCACCAAGAGAAAAGCGAAGCAGGAAUAGAUGCUCAAGUUCAUCUUCGCCUGUGUCGCCAUCACCAACCCCAGUUACUCCUGUGAAGGAACAGCCACCCCCCAUUACACCACUGAAAUCGGAGAAAAAAUCUCCAAUAAAACAUGAAUAUCCUCUGUCACCCGUUAAAAAUGCCGUAGUUGCUCUAAAUUUUGAAGAACCUAUGAAGGCUGAAAUAUCGGAAGUAAAAACUGAAAUAGAUUUACUUGCUAAAGAAGAGAUGAAACCGGAAAUUGAUGAACCAGAUUUCGUAAAAACAGAACCUGAACCUCUAAUGGCGGAGGAGAAAGUGGACGAGAAACUAGAAGAUGUAAAGCCGGAACCAGAACCCAAACCUGAAAUCAUUGUUGAAGAAGAGGAAAUAGAAGAAAAGCCGGAAGUCAAAAUUGAAGAAACUCCAGUUUCCGACGACGAAAAGCCUCCAAAGUUCGAGGAGAAGAAACCUAAAGAUGAGCCAAAAGAUGAAGAAGAAAGACCUGUAACUCGGGAGUUCACUGCAAAGUCUGCCUGCCACGAUAGAUCAUCGCGAUCGAGCAGGAAUACUUGUGUAAAUCAAGAUUCUAUUGACGACAAAACUGACGACUCCCAGGAUAAGAUCCUAACUUCAAAAGAGAAAGAAAAAGAGAAACGGAAAAUGACUCGCGAAGAGCGCAAAAUGGAAGCAAUAAUGAAAGCAUUCGAGCGCAUGGAAAAAGCUGAACAGCGGAAACAGGAGGUGAAAGAGAGGCAAAAGCGUCGUGAGUCUGACCCGCAUCCCAACUCGUUUGAGAAGGACGAGGACGACGAUCACUGCGGUUCCAAAAAACGGAAGAAGCGCAAGGGGCGAGCCCGCACUACAUCACAAUCCAACCGACGCCGCCUUAACUCCGCUGACAGCGAUAUGGUGACUUCAGGCGACGAAGCCCCGCGGUCGCCGCCGCGUGUGUCGUUACCGCGCCGCGCGUCGCACAAUGCGUCUCACAACACGUUACAUAGCACAUCGAAUAGCGCGUCUCUCAGCGUCCAGCCCGCGCUACAGCCGCAGCCAACGCCGGCAUUGCUGCCCGACCCGCACACCCCAGAGAAUCUCGGCGUGAGUUCCACCUGCGUCCUCGUGGAAGCCGCGCUCGGCUCCGUGGAGUCCGCGUUCAAACUCCCCAAAACCAAGAAGACGAUCGCCACCGAGUGGCUCGGUCGCUCGCCGGAGCGGACGCCGUCGCCGUACCGGUCCCCGUACAGGCCGGCGCUCGUGUCGGCGCCGUCUCUGGAGAGCCUCGUGCGCGUGGCCUCGACCAUGAUCGGUGACCUGAGCGGGCACGACAUGGAGCCCGAGGACGAGGCGGCCCGCUCGUCGCCGCCGAGGACGCCCGGCCGCGACCGCGACCGCAACCGCCCGCCCAAGAAGUCCAAGCGCGUCACUCGCAGCACGCCGCCAGCCGAGGUCGUGGAAGUGGCACCGCCGGUGGUCCCGCAGCACAGUGCGAAGAAACGUUGGUUGCGGCAGGCCAUUAGCGAGGAAAGCGACUCGCCAUGUCCAGACGCUUUCGUUUCAGAAUCUCCGCCCAAUGAGAUGGUUACGCCAUUGAAAAAGAGGCGAUUAGCGAGAGAAUCGCUGUCGUGCGAACAAAAUACUAUUGUGCCUUGUAAUGAUGAAACUUCGCCUGUAUUGACAUCUGAAGACUCCCCGGUCAAAGAUGACCCGCAAACGAGUCUCCGACAGUACAAAGUGAGGAACAUCAUGGAUAGCAUCUACGGCAGAGAUCGAACGCGGUCCGACAGCGGCCAAGGCUCCGACGAUCAGUGCAACAUCGACAACGACGUCCUCAAUGUCAACAUUGGAGGGCCACACGACAGCGAACACAUCAGGAGGAUAAUCGGAGUACCGACCCCUGAAGAAGAAUUACCCCCAGAGAUACCGCAGCCGGAGGAAAUGAAAAGUAACAACAACAACAUUGAAGAGGAGAGUGGGUACAACAAAGUAGUCCCUAUGGAAAUCGACACGACAAUGCCGCAGCCAAAAAUAGAGUCCAAUGACAACAGUAACAGUGAAAUUAAAGAAAUGGAAAGCCCAAACGAGAAACUGAACAGCAGUCAGUCGGCAGACACUAGCGGCAACUCAUCGCCGCAACGUGACGAAAUGGACGACAUUCAGAAGAAAAUCCACUCAUUCCAUACAGAGAACAUUCUAAUACUCAAAAGCAGGAACAAGAAGCCGCCAAAAGAAAAGCGGAAGAAAGUGAACUUAAAUUUCGAUCUCAACAUGGUAGAUGACCAAAUCAGUAUUCAGUUGCGUACUGACGACACGAAUAGCUCCAAGUCGUCGGAUGUUAAUGGAGAUAUGAAUGACGACAUGAGUAAUUCGGUUCACGAUGACGCAAAGUUGCACGUGUCGCCGGAAAAUAUUCCUCUUCCACCAGUGGAGUCGAUACCGCUACCGGCGCCGGAGAAUAUUCCUUUACCCGAGGAACCAAGUCCCAUGCCAGUCAUACCACCGCCCGAAGCGAUACCCCUACCAGAGGAGCCGAUGAAGCCUAUAAAACCGGUGGUCAGGUUAACCACGCCGCCUCCUGAGAAAUCUGAAGAGAUUUGUUUCGGUCUCGAUAGACCCUCAGUUCUCGACAACGCUAACACACCAUUCUUAUCACGCUUCAGCUCAACAGGGUUGUUCUCGGGUAUAUUCAGCAACAUGAACCAAUCGUUCAACAUGGACAGCGCAAUAAACGAGAACGUCCCCAACAUGUCUAUAAUAAAGAGUGCAAUAGAUAGGACUACAAGUUUAGAGAGUAGUUUGUUUGACAAAGACAGUAUUACGCCAGUGGACGAGUUGAAGAGCGUUCAGGAGAUACUGACUCGUGUGAACAAUAUGGACUCUAAUAACAGUGUGUUACUGUCAGGCGUGUUAAAAAGCUCGAAUAAAUCGAGCUUGCUGCCGUCGCCUUCUCCGAAGGCUACCGCCAAGCCGUACGGCGCGCGGAGUAACGACCCCCGACUGAACCCUCCUCCUACGGAAAAGCCCAAACCAGUCAGAAGAAAGCUCUCUAUAACGGAGUACCGCAAACGGCACAAGGGUGCGGCAGCUAGCGACGAGGGCGGCGCGGAGGGCCGCAGAGGGCCGGACGUUGAGGGAGGGCCCGAGUGGUCGUCGGAGUCCUCGGGCGGGUCGGGCGCCGGUCUGUCGCCGCAGCGGCUCGACGCCGCCGCGCAGGCCGCCGCUGAUGAACUUGAGCAGCGCUUACACCGCGACCUCUCCGCCACUCAUUUGCCUAAAGGCGUGUUCGACGCGCGCGCGACGGGCGCCGAGCGCGUGCGCGAGAACCUGAGCGUGCGCCUGCGCCGCGAGUUCGGGCUGGCGCUGCCGGACGACGAGGACAGCCGCCACGCCGCGGCCACCGCCGCCUCGUCGCCCGCCUCGGCCGUAGCGCCUCUCACGCCGGGUAAUUACUCCUGCCACUUAGCAUCAGAGCCGUAGCUCGCGGGCCCUAUACACGUGUUGAUUCCUACUCACCGACGGCGUGUCGUCGGCGAAGCGCUGCGACAGGUAGAGCCGGCGCGCCUCGCUAUAAAUAACAUAUUUUUGUAAAUCUCAUCGACGCCGGCCCGUCGUCGUCUGUAAUAUAAUAAUUAAUAUAAAUUUUGUAUGGACUCGCGUAGGAGCGCUCUCGCGCAAAUUGUAUAUUUCCGUUUCACUUCUACGUUUUAUUUGUCACGGUUUUUCUGCAAGUACAAAUUGUUUUUAUUUCCCUUUGUACAUACUGUAUAUAGAAGAGUUUAAGAUAAGGUAGGGAACCUACUCGGUACGUAUGUGUAUGUAUAACGAUUUAAAAAGAUUUUUUAUAUAUGUACACUGUUUAUGUAUCUUAUUGAUAUGUUUUAUUUAUUAUCGAUCUAUAUGAUGGCGCGUCCAGGGAACGACGGCUAAGAUUUUGUACGCAUAAUGUUUAAGUAAAUUAUAGUUGUUUUUAUUAUUUGUUUUAUAUUUUUAGCGUAUAUGGGGUCCACUGACCCGUCCUAGGUGUCUAGGUCUCGUUAGUGUUAGACGUUUGAACUAUAAGAAUUUAGAAAUGUGUCGACAGAUUCGCAUUAGCCAUUUUAGAGGGUAAAUCUGUGUUAUAAUAAUUUAAGUGAGCGCAUGUUUGUGCAGUGUUGUCUUUGGUCCAUCAUACAAGGCCGCGUCAGCAGCUGGGGAGGGUCCGUCGACGCCGCGCUAUUAAUACUGCAGCUUGCGGGGCGCAGCGGUGGCAGCGGCUGGCACCGCGCCCGCACACUGCCCGUCCGGGAUCGACAGUCACCCUUGGAUGUACUUGGCAACUGUUCUAAAGAUUCUUUUCAUCCGCGUCCGUCUGAAGCGGAUGACAAUAGCUUUGAAAUCAACUGACGUUUUUGUUUAGUUGAUUGAAUUCGCGAGGUUUAUUAAGUUUGCUUUUAUUUGUCUGAGUUUUUGAGUCAGAUUAGGAAACGGAAACGUAGCCAGUAAAGAUAGCAGUCUAUGGGAUCGAUAGAGCACUUAAAUUGUACCGCAACAACGAAUCGGUGUCGUGACGGCCUUUGGGCUUACCUUGUACAUAGUCUUCCGAUACCCAGUGAUUCGAGUGAGUGAUUUGCAAAAUAUUCUGUUUGUUAUAAUUAGGAUCUCGUUAUGCAUUCUUUGGCUAUUAGCUGGGAGACAAGUUACGCAUUUGUACACUCAAACAUUUGUUAUUUACGGCGAAUGAUGUAAACUGUACGAACGAAAUUAACAUCACUUUGGAGUAUUUUGAGUCGAAUUAGGGCCACAAUUUCUGUGCAUUUCUUAUUAUAGUAACGAAUGAAAUCUUAGAUGUUAGAUUAUUCCCAGUGCCCAUCCUUAAACUUGCUCAAAAUUAAAGCGAAAGUAUUUUUGGAUGUCCGAAGAAAUAAGAAAUAAGUUUUGGAUUAACUGAAAAUGCCUUUUUGUGUUGUGAGCCGUUUUGAGGACUCGUUAGAAUAUUUAUAAUAGGAUUUUGGUGUCCUUUUUUUUGUAAUAUUUAUCUUUGAUUUUGACUUUCGUUCCUUCUGCGCGGCAAAGCCGUUUUUCAGUGUUCAUAUUAUUUCCAAUUGAGUUUAGUUGGUAAACUCGUCACUUGGUGGUGUUCGUGGUCUGUGAGAGUGUACUUGUGCAGUACAAUUUGUUCCGAAUUUCAUUAGUCAUUUGUGUUUCGUCGCGUUGUGGUUUCCGCGUGUUCGUUUUCAACCAUGAACUAUGUACUGUGAAGUAUCCACCACGAGAUACUGGGAAAUAUCUACUUAAAAUUGCAAUGAAAGUGUUCUUCGCAUAAUCAUAAUAAAAAUCUAGAUUUUAGUCACUUGUUGCAAUAAUUUGCCUAAAGGCACAGAAUUAGUAAAUAGAGAUUUGAACACAAGAUGGUUUAACUGCUUUUUAUUCAAUUAUUUUAUUAUAUUUUUGUAUUGUAAAAAGCGUUUUUUAUAAUAUUUGAAUUCAAUCAAUUUAGAUAUAAUGAUCGAAUCCUGCAGCCAGUCUUGAGUGAUAUCGUCGUUUGUCUUAACAUGAAAUGGAUAAAUAUAUUUUGAUCUGGUUGUUUAAUAGAAUUUCUCGCUUAUUGUCGGGUGUUAAAGUGUAUUUUGCUGUGACCGUUAGCCUUUGAAGCUUUUACGUGACCGUUAGCAUUUGAAGCUUUUACAAUCUCGAUGUUUGUUAAAAACGUAGGUGGAAAUGAGACGCCGUCGAUGUAGAAUAUUUCGAUAAGGAUGACUCGUCUGUUGAUUAACUAUUUAUUUAGGUUUUUGACGGACGGCUCUCCACUAUAGUACCUAUUAGUUAAUUCCUAGCAACUCGUAUAUAGAAAAUAAUUAUUAUUGUGCAAACUCAGGCUGGCAUUAAUAGUGAUCUGAAGUGUAACCGCCUACCAUUCUACACUACACUUUACAAGGCAGCAUUAUGUACAUAGUGUUAAAUGAAAUAUUUAGAGCAAUUACAAUAGUUGUAGCACCAGUUGGUCGCGGCAUAAUGCGUUUUAACAUGUUUCUGUAGUAUAUUAGAAAAUCUUUGUGAUAAAUCUUCUUUAUAAUAUCAUUCAGUAGAGAAACAAUGUCUGUAUAUAUUAUUAUAAUUAUUAAUGAGUAAGUAAAAGCUAUAUUUUGUUAUGGUGAACAAAAAGCGGACACUCGUUUGCCAUAUGAUCCUGAUUUAGUAUAUUUUGUGAUUGCAUCCACCUUUUCUAUUCUCUUCCCUUGUUCAGUUUGUAAGGUAUUUCGAUGUAACAAUGGAAUAUUUUGCAAUAUUAUAUAAUUUUAUCUCUUUAAGUGGAUCAUAAAA